UACACUAUAUUGCCAAAAGUAUUGGGACACCCUUCCAAAUCAUUGGAUUCAGGUGUUCCAAUCACCUCCAUGGCCCUAGGCAUGAAGACUGCUUCUGCAAACAUUUGUGAAAGAAUGGGUCGCUCUCAGGAGUUCAGUAUAUUCAAGCUUGGUACCUGCCACCUGUGUAAGUCCAUCCAUGAAAUUUCCUUGCUACUAAAUAUUCCACGUUCAACUGUUAGUGGUAUUAUAACAAAGAGGAAGCAACUGGGAACAACAGAAACUCAACCACAAAGUGGUAGGCCAUGUAAAAUGGUGGAGCAGGGUCAGCGCAUGCUGAAGAGCACAGUGUGCAGAAGUUGCCAACUGUCUGCAGAGUCAAUA